CUACGUUAUUAUUCAAGGCCGGGAAGGAGAGGGGGUUUUCAGCUCCGAAAUCCGUGCCGCUGCGUUUCACGCAAUGGCCGCUAGAUGUCUCUCUCAUGUGCAGUAAAAGCGGCAAUUCAACACGGAGUUGUAUGCGCAGUGUGGUCGAUUUGUAAUGUAUUACGAGUGUUCGGCAUACUGUGUAUGUUAUUUUGCAUUAAAAAUGUGUUUUUUAAAAAUUAUAUUAGGUGUUGAAAAUUGUAAGUAACAAAAUUAUGUAUGUAGGACAUUGUAAAUAUGAUAUAAUUAUUCAGAAACUUGUAGGGCGAUUGUACAAUAUUCAAAUAUAAUUUCACAUGUGUGUUAAUUCCCGCCAUUCGAAAUGGUUUACUGUUGCGUGCCAAACUGCACGUCUGAGUCUUCAAAAUGUGAUAAAAAAGUGACUUUCCAUACAUUUCCUAUACAGACUGAACUAAAGGAUAGGUGGCGAACAGCGAUUUCAAGGCAGGGUAAAACAGCUGGAUCUCUCUGGUCUCCGUCUUCGAGUUCACGAGUUUGUAGUUUACACUUCAGGACAUCUGAUUUCAGCAUAAGUACAACAAGAAAAAGAUUACUUCCAAAUGUGGUCCCUACAUUGUUCCAAGGGUAUCCUCUGCACAAACAGAGCAAAUUACCGAAACGAAGUCCAGCUUCUAGAUCCGAUGUAAGCCCGCAAAUUAAACGAAAAAAAGUGUGUAUACAAAAUGAAAACAAGGAGCUUGCAUUCUUGUCUGAAGAUAAGAUUGAAGUCAAAGAAGUAGGAAUUCAAGUAUCAUCGUUUUUUCCAUGCAGACCUAAACUCACAGCCAUAAAACACAAGUACAAACUCGUCAAACAGUCUAAUGGCCGACUCAUUCAAACUGUCAGUAGAUUGAGGAAACAAAUUAAGGAACUGAAAAAAGAAAAUAACGGCAAAAAUAAUAAACACCUGGAGAAAAUUGAAAAAAUAGAAAAAGAUGGAAAAAAUGGAAACUUAAAAGCACUAUUCUUGUUAGAGCAAAUUGAUAGCUAUGGAAAACAGCAUGUUGUUUAUGGUGAAACAACUCUCAAAAUUUGUGUACUUUGGCACAGGAAAGCAGCAGCUGGGUAUCGUUUCAUAAGAUCAAUGAACUGUUUGAAACUUCCUCAUGAAAAAACGUUGAGGGGUUAUAUUGGAUGUGCGAGUGGUGAAACUGGUAUAACUUCAGUAAUUAAAGAACGCCUUAUUUAUGAGGUCAGCAAUUUGAAUCACUCAGAAGAAAAGUUAGGUUCGCUGAUAAUAGAUGAGAUGGCGAUCAAGGCAAAAGUAAGUUAUGAUCGCAACCUUGACCAGUUCCUUGGAUAUUCAGAGGCAGAAAUUGAGGAGAUGGGUGUAAGUGAUAAAAUAGCCAACAGACUAUUGUGCUUCAUGUUUCGCGGCCUCUCCACUCCCAUCCGAAUUCCCGUCGCGUUUUAUUUUACUCGUCAAUUAACAGGACCUCAGCUGUGUAAAUUAACCAAAAAGGUGAUCGAAGAAGUAGAAGAAACAGGUUUUGAAAUUCUGCGAAUAGUUACUGAUAACUCUUCGGUAAAUGUUAGCAUGAUGAAGGAGGUGUGUGGCGGCCAAUUACUACCUGAAAUACAACACCCAAAUGAUGAAAACAGAGUAAUCUUUUUGAGUUUUGACUCGAGCCACAUUUUGAAAAAUAUUCGCACUCAGUUUCUUCAGAAGAAUUUUUUCUACAGGGGUAUAAUGAUCUCAAGCAAGCCCUUGAAAAAAUUGUACGAUGCACAGAAGCACUGUACAGUGAAACCUGUUCGAUGUCUGAACAGAAAAGUUGUUUACCCUUCGAACAUCGAAAAAAUGAAUGUGCAACGAGCCAAGUAUGUUUUUUCCCUUCCUCUGACAGCUGCAUUGAAGACUCUUCCUACAAUAGCACCUGAGUUAGUCGAAAACCACGAAAGCCUUGCUGAAACCAUACGGUUUUUGGAAUAUGUCAGAAAAUGGCACGAUAUUCACGAUGUUUGUAACACAAAGCAGGCAUAUAUGUCAAGAAACACCGACAAACUAGUGUUCACAGAAUUUGACGAUGACAGACUGUCUUGGUUGCUAGAUACAUUCCUGCCUUACAUGGAAAAUAUCCAAAAGUCGAGCAGCAAACAAAAUAAACUAAGUGAAGAGACAUACGAAGCUCUAGUCGUGACAACUCAGGCAACUGUAAAAUGUAUACAACAUUUAAUAUCAGUUGGAUUUCAUUUCGUUUUAAGCAGGAACCUGAGCAGCGAUGACAUCGAACUUCUCUUCAGUCACUUGCGAAGAAAAGGUGGCUUCAACGAUAUGAUGGACGCAAGAGCAUGCAUGUAUGCAAUCGACACAACGCUAAAAACGGGUUUAAUAAAUCCUUCAGCUACAUCAAAUGUAGAAAGACAAACUUUCAAGACAUUGGAUGCAAUUGCACAUCACAAACGAAUAAGUGAGCUGAACACAGUAAUUUGUGAUGUUCCAGUUGAAGCAACAGGAAUUCUUGACGAAAAUCUUGAAGAAACUCCAGUAACGCUGCAAAUCGCGUCCUUAGCUAUGAUUGCUGGGUACUUGGUACGGGUUGCAGAAGAAAAUUUUAACUGUGCCUAUUGCCUAGAACAAAUAUCAACUCCCGAUUGUGACAGCCCGUUGCUCCGAUUGAUUAAAAUGCAAGAUCGCGGUGGUCUGCGGUACCCAUCUAGAAAAUUCGUUUUUUUCCUGAGCAAGAUACUAAAAUUUACUUGUGUCACUCUUAAACACUUAGGACGUAAACAGCUCAUCAAGAAGCUUAAAGUGUUUCUAGUGCCAAAGUUUCUUCAAUAUUUUAAGUGUUCACUGUGCAGUCAAGAAAAGCUUGCAAAUACCAUAAUAACCAAAUUUCUGAAGCCUAUUUUGGACAACGAAGCACGUUCGGUGACAGACAAAAUUGACAAACCAUCAAAAAUAUACAGAAAACCAUUGAGCCGCAAAAUUUUAAAACUGUAAGCGUAGUUCCAGGUGAGUAACAAUUAACACUUUAUUUGGUGUUUCAACUGUUACAUUCAUUUUGUUUACGACUGCUUUAUCUUUUAGAAGUAUUUGAACAUAGGGCUUCAUUGUAUUUAUCAUAACAGUUAGUUCUAAACACCAAUUUCAUGAGUUAUAGGACCAACG